AUGGGUGCAGUAACUAAGGGUGAUAUCGAGCUCUGUGAGUGCUGGUCUUUACAAAAUUACAUUAUAAGCUAUCAGACAAUUCACAACGACAAAGUUGGCGAUUAUGGUCGUUUGGCGAGGACAUUGUCUUAUGGUCAGGGCGAGGUGGAUAUUGCCAAAGGGCUGCACUCGAGUACCUCCGAAAGCCUAAAGCGGGGGUGUCCUUUUGUAAAAGAGUGCUCAAUUUAUCUCGAGCUGGUUGAAUACGGGUGCGAAGAUGAUAUUGGAGGAACUUCCUCCGUCGAUGAAGGCCUAGUUUAUGUCACAAUUUGGGAUAUCAACUGA